UAACAUAUGUCAUUGUGUAUCGGCAUGUAGCUUUCUAUUUUAACAUUUAACAUGAUCAUUCUCCUGUAGGAAGUCUUUCAGGAAAGGUUGCAUAAAAUAUAAGAUAUGCUUAGCAUACACAAGCUCGAUCUUCAUGUCUUGGCAAUACUAUUUCUAGUCUCGGUUGUUUUCAUACAACAAUCAAACGCAGAAUGUCCAAAUCUACAAGCCUGUACUUUGGAUUCUGACUGUCCCGGAGCAAAAUAUUGUUUAGGACCUACGGGCGCCAAAAUAUGCUUAUAUUGCGCAUGCAACCACAGGGACGAGUGCUACAGGGUCGGUAACAGUGCGGCGUGCAAUUGCUCAAACUCGGCCGGCUACUAUGGCGAUUAUUGUGAAUGUGCACCUGAAUCUAGCGAUUGUGGCGUUGACAAUUGGGCGCUCUAUAAAGACUGCAGUGAAUUCUACCAGAACGAGUUUGACACAAUUGAAAAUCUGGACGCCGUCGUCGGAAAUGAGCUUGUGAUUGCGUAUAAUAUGGAAACCCAAUAUGACGAUUGUAAAGGGCAAUGUCAGGCGCGCAGCUGUCGAUU